UCUUCUCUCUCCCAAAGUUACAAUCUUCAUCAACUUCUUCUUCUUCUACAACUACUAUUUUCUACUCACUUUCCUUGUUGUUCUCUAAGAUGGAAACCAUCAAAGCUGGAGGAAAGAGACGCAUGAAAGAAGUGGAGGGGGACGAGGAGGAAGAAGAGGAAGACGAAGAUGUUGUAGAGUUAGACUCUGGGGAGGAUAACAAGAAGAUGAAAGGACCAUCCGGCAGGAAAGGAUCUAGCAGUGGAGGAUCAAGGCAGCGUUGUUGUCAGGUGGACAACUGUACAACUGACAUGACUUAUGCCAGGUCAUACCACCGCCGACACAAGGUCUGUGAAUUUCAUGCUAAGGCUCCAGCUGUUGAUGUUGCUGGACUCCACCAACGUUUCUGCCAGCAAUGCAGCAGGUUCCAUGAGCUAUCGGAGUUCGAUGAAACAAAAAAGAGUUGUCGCAGGCGUUUGGCUGGACAUAAUGAGCGUCGCCGCAAAAGCUCAUAUGAGUCUUAUGGAGAAGGAUCAGGCUGAAAAGGGAACAGCCCUUUCAACCAUCCUUGCUACCAUGCUCUCUAUCUCCUGUCAAUCAUCCAAUUUCUUUACGAAGAAAUUGUCACCUAUCUAUUAUGUGUGCUCCCAAUCUUCUGUCAAUCCUAGAGUUCUAGGAAUCCAGGUUGUUGUUGUUUAAUUAUAUGAAUGUAAGUGUUGUGCGUGUUUGAAACAAAAUAGCCUAACGGCACUGUAGAUUUGGUUCGAUGGAUAGUGAUUAUCCUGAACCACGCUAUCCUCUGCAUAAUUGUACUCUCUAGUAAGACUUGGUUUCUAUAAUACUUAUUUUACUACUUCUUAUUGUGUC